UUUCAAACAUCUCAGAGAAAGAGAGGAAGAAGAAGUGAGUCCCCCACUUCUCCCCUUUUUCUUCCAUCCGCCAUGGAAAUCGAGCUCCACCUCCAAUAGAACAACGGCUUCUCCCACUUUCUCUCUCCCUUUCUCUCUCCUCUGCCCCCUCACAAUCAUAUUAAAACAGUUAUCAUUCUCUUUACUGAACGUGGAGCUUCAAACCCAAUGCUGGAUCUUAACCUCCAAGUUGUUUCCUCUGAUUCGGUUGAGUUGGUUACUGAGAGGCUUUUCCAGUUUCCACCGAUCAGAAUGGAAAGCGCCGGUAGCUUUAACGGCGAUCUUUCUGCCAGCACUACCGGCGACGAGGACUCAUCUUCCAACGCUGAUGAAGCUUUCCCGUUCGCCUUCGGUAAGGACUGCGCGGUUCAGGAAAACUUAACGGCCAAGUCACUCUGUAUUUCCGAUAACCAGCGCGAUCAGACGAUGGAGCUUUUUCCAUUAACAGGCGGGUUAUCUUCUGGUUCGAGUUCUCAGAAGCAGUGGCUGGAGGUUUCUCCACCGGAAUUUCACUAUUGGGGAGGAGCGCUGGAGCGGCGAAUAACAGCACCGCCAGGGCAACAACAGCAUCAGCCGAUGAGGAAGAAUCGGCGAGGUCCAAGGUCUCGGAGUUCGCAGUAUCGUGGCGUUACCUUUUAUCGAAGAACAGGAAGAUGGGAAUCGCAUAUUUGGGACUGCGGGAAACAAGUUUAUCUGGGUGGUUUCGAUACUGCACAUGCGGCUGCUAGGGCGUAUGAUCGGGCGGCGAUCAAGUUUCGGGGGGUCGAUGCAGAUAUCAAUUUCAAUGUCAGUGAUUAUGAUGAAGAUAUUAAGCAGGUGGGAUUGGCUAAGUUAAUACUCAUUACUGUCAGAACUUCAAACUCUUUCUCUAACGCCAUUGAUGAAGAGCUUUACUCUUGGCUGCCAUUAAUGUCCCAGAUGAGUAAUUUUACCAAGGAAGAGUUUGUUCAUAUUCUUCGCCGCCAUAGCACUGGAUUUUCGAGGGGGAGCUCCAAGUACAGAGGGGUCACUCUGCAUAAAUGUGGGCGAUGGGAGGCUCGGAUGGGCCAGUUCUUGGGCAAGAAGUACAUAUAUCUUGGUCUCUUUGAUAGUGAGAUUGAGGCUGCAAGAGCAUAUGACAAAGCUGCAUUGAAAUGCAAUGGUAAGGAGGCUGUCACAAACUUUGAACCAAGUUCUUAUGUUGCAGAGAUGGCUUCUGAGGCGGCUGGCACAGCAGACAACAACCAGAUUCUUGAUCUGAACUUGGGAAUUGCUCCCCCAAAUCUUUGUGAGGCUCAAAGUGAGAGCAUUGCCAUGUUUGAGAGAAGAGCUAUGCCUGAGAACUCUGUUUCAGCAGCAAUUAGAUCAUCCCAUUCCGAGCCGUAUAGCUUUGCAGUGCCUUCCAAUUACCAUUCUCCUUGGAGUGUUUCAAACUCCAGUUUCUUUCCCAACUCAAGGGAAAGAGCAACAGAGAUGAGGAUGGGGGUUGGGGUUGGGGUUGGGUCAUGGGAGUGGCAAAUCCAUGGCCACCCAAGUGGAACAACCUCUGUGCCACUCUUCUCUGCUGCAGCAUCAUCAGGAUUCCCUUCUUCUUCUUCUUCUUCUUCUUCUUCGACUGCCAUUCCAUCAGCUUCAUCUGGUGUUGGUGAAACCCAUUUCCCAGCAAUCUUCUACUGUAGGAGUUGAACAGAGAUAGAGAGCACCGGGUGGAAUGGGAAGAAGGAACACAAAUAUCUCACUUCAAAUGCAUCAUUCUUUCUUUGUUUCGGAAAGAUUACAGGUAACCCAUAGUCUGAGUCCGCUGCCUUAUUUCAACGCCAUUUAUUGAUGUAUUUUAAGAUUCUCAGUAUGUUGAGGUUACUGGAUGUUCAUAUCACUCAUUUCCUUUUUUUUUUCUUUUAUAGCUUCAUUGACAAUGUUGUUAUGUUGGGCUUAUUAGUGAACCUAAGA